AUGAUCAAGCUUCUCCCACCUACGUACAUUGAAGGUUUAAAUUCGUGUUUUAAUACUUGGUUGAGAGAACGUAGAUAUCCAGAUGGUUGGAAAAUAGCCAAGUUCGUUAUACUAAAUAAAUUAAAAGCAGGAACACCUGCAUGUGAUCAGACUCGACCGAUAUCUUUGUUAGCUACACAUUCAAAAAUUUUUGAGGAGGUCAUGUUAGAAAGAGUGAAAAAUUGGGCAGAAGCAAAUCACAUUAUUCCGGACGAACAAUCAGAUUUUAGGUCGAACUGUUUACUGCCUACUCGAGUAUUAUCAAUAUUUCAAGAAGUUAAUUUCGCUGCUAAUAUUCCCACGUUAGCUAUAUUCGUGGAUUAUCAAAAAGCCUAUGACAAUGUAUGGCAUAUGGCUCUUAUUGUAAAACUAUUUAGGUUAGGAAUACCGUUAGGGCUGUUAAAAAUUGUUCAUUCCUGGUUAAGCGAUAGAAAAGCGUAUGUUAUCUUAGGUGAUAUGAGAUCUAAGGCUUUUUAUUUAUACAUAGGUUUGCCACAGGCCAGUAGUUUGAGUCCCGUUUCUAUUCAUUGUUUUUCAUAG